AUGGCGCCCUCAGAGAAGCAGCCCUUUUACGACCCGGUACCACCGACGUACGACGAGGCCCUGGCCACCGGCAGCCGACGGUACGACGACUGGCCGCCGCCAAGGUCGUCAGUCGACGAUGGCGAACACGACGCCAACGAGACGGAGGCGCAGUCUCUCCUCAGCCGACAGAACAACGGCGGGCCCAGCGACUCGUCAUCGUCAAAUAACAAUGCCAGACGCCGACCAGACGGGUACCGCCCGCCCACGGUCGAAUCAGACAACUCGGACGUCGAGAGCCUGCUCGAGAGCGACGCAGACGGCGAUAAUGUCGACGACGACGAGGCCGCCCACGUGCGACGCGAGAUGCAGGAGAUGGACAUUGAGGAGCCGUCCGACUCGCGCGCAAACCUCUGGCGCAAGAGGAUAGCCUUUGCCCUUCCCAGGUGGCGCUGGUCCUGGCGACCGACGUUACCUACCAUGCCGCGCGUGCGCAUCCGUCUCCCGUCCUCGCCACCGGCCGAAGGCGAGAAUAAUGAUGCCGAUGCCAAUAACAACAGCAGCACCGCCGGCACCGACUCCGAGUCACAGCAGCAGCAGCAGGCACGCCCCGUGUGGCAGUGGAACGUGCCGCGCGUCGACGGCAUGCUGGCCGUGAUUGUGUUUGCCCGCGUGCUGGCGGUCUUCAUCCUCGUGGGGUUCGUGUACCUCGUCUUUUCGACCGACUUCUUCAACUCGUUUGGCGGCCCGCUGGGCGGCGGGUACCGCUUCAACCCGGAGGACCUGCGCAUCCACAUCAUGAACAUGGUGGACCCGGAUCAGAUGCGCGACACGGUCCAGCACUUCUCCAGCUACGCCCACAUUGCCGGCACCGAGGGCGACUACGCCACCGCCAUGGACAUGGAGGCCAUGCUGGGCCGCAUGGGCCUCGACGAGAUCAGGCUCGACAAGUACGUGGCCUACAUCAACUACCCCAAGAAGGACGGGCGCGCCGUGCAGAUCAUGGACCCCAAGCACCAAGACAAGGCCGUGUGGUCCGCCAAGCUGGAGGAGGAGGAGCAUGGCGAGGAGACGGCCGGCCAUCAGACCUACGCCUUCCACGGCCACUCCAAGGCGGGCGACGUGCGCGGGCCGCUCAUCUACGCCAACUACGGCUCGCGCGACGACUUCAAGCGGCUCGCCGACAGAGGCAUCAAGACCGAGGGGGCCAUCGCGCUCGUGCGCUACUACGGUACCCAGCGGGACCGCGCCCUCAAGGUGAAGGCCGCCGAGCUGGCCGGUUUCGCCGGCUGCAUCAUCUACAGUGACCCAGCCGACGACGGCUUCCUCAAGGGCCCCGUAUGGCCCAAGGGACCGUACAUGCCCGAGGACGGCGUGCAGCGUGGGUCCGUCAGCCUGACGAGCUGGGUGGUCGGCGACGUUCUCACGCCCGGCUGGCCGAGCGACGAGGGCAUGCCGCGGAUGAAGGUGCAGGACGCGCCCGGGCUGGUGGGCAUCCCCAGCCUGCCGCUAGCCUGGAGGGACGCCAAGGUGCUGCUCCAGAAGAUCAAGGGCCACGGUGGCAAGGUGCCGGACGGGUGGAAGGGCGGGGUGCCGGACGUGGACGAGUGGUGGACGGGCGACGACAAGUCACCCAUCGUGCGGCUCAAGAACGAGCAGGACGAGAACACCAAGCAGCCCAUCUGGAAUGUGUACGGACGCAUCGCGGGUAUGGAGCAGACGGCCAAGUCCAUCAUCAUCGGCAACCACCGGGACUCGUGGGGGUUUGGGGCCACGGACCCACACUCCGGUACGGCGGUACUGGUCGAGAUGGCGCGCAUCUUUGGCGACCUCGUGCUGCGUGGGUGGCGGCCCCUGCGCACCAUCGAGUUCAUGUCGUGGGAUGCUGAGGAGUACAACAUGAUCGGGUCGACCGAGUACGUCGAAAACCACUUGGACGAGCUCCGCCAAGAUGCCUACGCCUACAUCAACCUGGACACGGCGGUGUCGGGAACCGAGUUCCACGCAUCCGGGUCGCCGGCGCUGCGCAAGACACUUUAUCACGCCCUAGGCCGCGUGGAGGACCCAUUCCUCAACGCGACCCUGCGCGAACUGUGGGACAAGCGCGGGUCCGUCUACGACGGUCCGGGCUCCGAGAGCGACUACGUCGCCUUCCAGGACAUAUCGGGCACGUCUACCAUCGACGUCGAGUUCCGCGGCAGCGCCGUCCCCCACCACUCCAGCUACGACGACUUCGAGCUGGUGGACAACGUCAUCGACCCGGGAUUCGUGUACCACUCCCGCAUGGCGCAGGUGGUGGGCCUCAUGGUCCUCGACCUGGCCGACCGGGCCAUCGUCCCCAUGGACAUCGAGGCCUACGCCGACUCUCUCGGUGGCUGGGUCGCCGAUCUGGACGACUGGAUCAAGGAGAAGACUUCGGCCAAGCACUCUCACUCUCGCUCUCGGGAUGCUGCUGCCGCUGCCGCUGCUGUUGAUGAUGCUUCCUCUGGUUCCGACAAGGCCGGCAAGGUUGACCUCGAUCUCAAGGAGCUGCGGGACGCUGCGGCCCGGGUCAAACAAAGCGCCUUCAACUUUUCGAGGUGGGAGGAGGUGUGGGAUAAUGCCGUCAUCGCCAAUGGCGGGUGGGAAGGUGGUGAUUUCAGCGACAUGAGGUUUCGAUUCAAUGACAUUCUGGGUAAUUUCGAUACCGAGCUCUUGGAUCUAGAGCAAGGUGGUGGGAUCCCCAACCGAACACAAUUCAAACACAUCGUAUUCGGCCCCCAACUCUGGUCGGACGACCGAAAGUCUUACUUCCCCGCCAUACGGGACCUGGUGGAAGCCCAAGAGUGGGACGAGGCCAGACGAUUCAUCACGAAGACUGCUGCCAUUCUCAACCAUGCUGCCGGUACGCUGAGUAUGGAUCCUGAUGAUGAUGUUGAUCCUGGCGAGAAUCCCAAUUAA